UCCAUAAUCUAAUACACUAUCAGCAGGGCUGGAGGAAGGACAUUCAUACAGCAGGGCAAAGGAACUGCUACCCACUGGUGGAGACUGCAAAGUUAAAAGCAAAGUUAAUGUUUUACUAGGACAGACUUAUCAGGGAAAGCUACGGCGAUGUGAUCUCAGUUUUGGUGUGAGUAGACGUAGCUGUGAAAGGAAGAUGAAGAGCCUGCUGCUAGCCUUGUUAUUCUGUGCAGGAGCCAUGGUGGCUUCUACUGAUGAAGUGAACAGAGAAGCCGUUGACAUUGUUGUGAAGUACUUCAACUCAAUAGCUAGAAUUCCAAAAGCUUUUCGUCUGGAGUCAGUGUCUCCUGUCACGGGGUUAAAGGCUGGCUCCGCUGGGACCUAUUAUACCUUUGACGUCAUUGUGAAACAGACCAACUGUCCCAAGACAGCACCAGCUGAACAAGAUUGCAGAAUCUUACCGAAUGGACUAGUGAGAGUCUGCAAGGCAUGUUUUGCAGUUCGUGAUAAUGGAAACUUUGAUAACGCACAGAGGUAUAUCGACUGCACUUCAAAAGAAGGGUUAAAUCAGAAAAGGAUUGACUGGAUGACGGGAGCAUGUGAUAGAGUUAAAGCUUCUAUCAAGCCAUAUUUCACAGGCUCUUUUAGUGCAAUGCUUCUUUCUUCUCCAAAAGAUGAUCUAGAACUGAUCGCUUAGAUAAUAUUAAACAAAGGAACAGUUGUAUAAAUGUCAACAUUAACAGUAUAGAGCAGUACAUGAGUACAUGUCCAGACAGUAAACAGACUACAACACUAAAUACACUCUAAUUUCAGUGAAUGAUGUUGAUAUAAGAAAGAAAAAUAAUAGAAAAUUGCCUGCAAUCAGGAGUCAAACUCAGUUAUAAUGACAGCAGAUACACAUAUAGAUACUGAAUGUUUUACUGGAAACAAGGACCCCUAUUCUCUGUAUUAUAUUGAAUUAAAUGGUCACCAUUGGGCUAUUUUAAAAGCAACAAACAUUUUGUACUAAUGUUCAUGACACAUAAACCGUAAAAGAUUUGUUUUCCAAUUUCCCUGAAAUAUUAACUCACUAAAGCAGGGUUAGACAAUGUCACUAGCCCUGCACCCGGCCCUGAGUUUCAGAGCUCCCCUCAUUAAGGGGUUAAAUCCCAGGUGUCUGGAAUUUAACCAGUUGGGUUGAUAUAAAACUUAGAAUGAUUAUUAUUGGAGUGUUUGAUGGAAUAUAAUUCUCUCGUGUGUCUGUAGGUCGUUAAUUGGUAACCCGUUGUUUGGACAGCUGUAGGGGAGUAUCAAUUUAUUGAACAGGUUGAGAACAGACUGAACAGAGGUCUGAUUGUUAAAAUUCUUGGCACCUGGUUAUUUAUAAGCAUGUAAAUCAUGGUAUUUCUGAAACACAGAACUGGGUGCAGGGUUUAUGUUAUUUAUUGUCUAACCCUGUUGAAGUAGUACAAUACUACAAAACACCAAAUGCUGCAAACUGCCUUGAGUUACACAGCCUUUCACAGACAACAUCAGAUAUUGUAACAUUUCUGUACAGGCCAAAAUGAAGAGGGGCCCUGAUUUUAUGUCAUAUCAAUUGGUCUGCCUCAGAGGUUGUUUAAAAGUAAGGCUGAGGUUCCACUGCUCAAGAAUGUCUCACACACCUUGCACUAUGCUGGUUUCCGUAUGGUCUUCAUGAAAAGGAAUUGUCCCCAGAUUCACACUCUGUAGUUUCCAUUCGGCGUCAAUAAAGUUAACCUUCAUGCUCAUGUACAAAUCCAUAGUGCAUGACAUCCACAUAUCGGUACUAAAGAGAAUCUUAACAAACUUUCAAGAUGAAGUGCAGCUUCCUAUGCACUUAAAUUUGUUUAAACAUGACGUUAUAUGCAUACUUUUAAAGCUGUUAUGGUACUGCUUUCUGUUUAGUUAUCUAAUAAAAAAAAAAUUAUCUAAAACCCAAAUAAAUAUGCAAAAACUCACAGCCAUACCCGUCAUAAAUACGGUAAUAAUGAUCCCUUUUUCCCCAUCCCUGCCAAACUUAAAUUCAAAAUAAUGAAACUUUAUUUUUACAGCAACAAUCACACUAUUUACUUGUGCAGUGUGUCUUAUUUAACAACAAGGGCAAAGGCCAGUUUUCUGAAAGGAAUAUCCUUGUUACGGGACAUAACAUUAUUUGCGACACAUGAAGGGAUUUUUAUAUUGUGUCUUGUUUAACAUGUUUGUUUAUGUAACAUCUUCUUCUGGUCAACUUAUAUUGAAUCUUUUUGACUGAUUGAACCCUUGUAAUAACAUGGCUGUGCACAUGCAAUGUUUGAAUGCUGUAAAUUAUCCCCUGUAUCAGAUGAUUUGAAAAUGAACAGCUUUAUUAGGUAUCAAGGUUACCAACACUUGUUAAUUGUUUUAAUUUAGUGAUACUCUCCCUUAAUAAACUGCAAUAAAUAUAUUUUCAAAUAAAAAUGUACACACUCACACACAUAUAUAUAUAUAUACAUAAAGUGUUCUAUAAAAAUAAAAUAUUGUGAUGGAA